ACUCUCACUUCGUCACUCACACUCACAUUCGAACUUCCUAACUCACACUCAUUCAUAACUGAAUUAACAAACUACUUUUGGAAUAGCAGAAUGAACAUUCAUAAUCAUCAUUACUCGGACGAUGAAGUGAUUCUGGCUUCGUCGAUGCCGAAGAAGAGAGCGGGGAGGAGGGUGUUCAAGGAGACGAGGCACCCAGUGUACAGGGGAGUGCGGAGGAGGAACAACAACAAGUGGGUUUGCGAGAUUCGUGUUCCGAACAACGUUAACAACACAAGGAUAUGGCUUGGAACUUAUCCUACACCGGAAAUGGCAGCACGUGCACACGAUGUUGCUGCUCUUGCGCUUCGCGGCAAGUCCGCUUGCCUCAACUUCGCGGACUCUGCUUCGCGCUUGCAGCUUCCGUCUUCCACCGAUCCGGAGGACAUCAGGAGGGCUGCCGUUGAGGCUGCGGCGGCGUUCGCGGCGGAGGACAGCGCCCAGCAGGAGCAUCAGGAGCAGAGUGUUGGGGAAUGCGUGGUGGUGAUUGAAGAGGAUGUGAACAAGGCUUCUGAAUUUGAGGUUAACGAUGUUCCGGCGGUUUCUGAAUUUGAGGAUUGGCAUGAUUUGGUUAUGAGCAUGGCGGAUGAGCCUCUAAGGUCUCCUCCUCAUCCUGCUUUUGCGAGAGAUGGCAGUAAUGACGUGGAGAUAUUCGAUGUUGGGUUGCCACUCUGGAGUUUCUCCAUUUGAAUAAUUAAGCCCCACAACAUUGAUUAAUUAAGCUUAUCGGAUACAGUAACCACUAGCUUGGUAGUACCUACUGUGUGGAGUACGUGUUGAAACAUGCAUAUGUAACAUACCCCGCCGUUGUAAUUGUAUGAUAAAGUUGAUUACCAUUUUCAUGUGAACUCCAUCUCCAACGGCCCA